AUGCUCAGUACUAUCUCGAGAACGGGAUUGAACAGUCUUUCAAGAGUGAUCAGUUCCUCGCAUUCUACAGCCUUGGCGAUCCGACAUGCAUCAUUGAACUCAGCGAUUGGGGAGGGGAUUCGCCGAGAUAAUCGUCGCGGUAACAGUUUUCCUAAACGACAAUACGAGAGAUCAAGUGAGUUUAAUCUCAAUGAGCGUCAAACAAACGGAGCGCGACAGUACGGAAAGAAAAAAUACGAGAGGUCAGACCAACCCAACUUCAAUGACCGUCGGACAUAUGGAGCGCGACAGUAUGGAGAACAGAAGCCCCAGAGAUCGGGAUUGAACUCCGCUGUUAAUCGAAACUACGGCCAGGGUGAGCGACAGUACGGAGCGAAGAAAACCUGGACAUCAGACGGUGCAGGUCGUAAAGACUAUGACCGCCGACCAUCGUCAUGGAACGACAGCUCUCAAUCAGCACGACAAAGCCGAAAGGAAGAAAAGUUUGAGUUCGACGAGGAUGAGUUCAUUCGUUCUGGGGACUUCCGGGGACUCCCUCGUGAACAUCAAUCUCGAUUCCAGUCUCGAUUCCAAUCACGAACACAAGAUGGUCCAUUCACACAAUCGGGACGGGGAAGGCCUCCAAUGGAUGAACCACGGGAGAAGGAGCCAGCAAGACCUAGAGCUCACAGGGUCACGCACAGCAUGCCAGAGCGGGUGAAGGACAACGUCAAAGUGCCCGACACAAUCCCCUACACUACACCGGCAUCUGAGUUCGUUUACGGAACGAGUGCCGUGGAGGCGGCGCUACGCUGCAGUCGGCGUCAACUGUACAAGCUCUAUAUCUAUCAGAGCGCGGAGGAAGAGCUAAGUGCAGCAAAAGUCACAAUCCGCAAACUGGCAUUGUCAAAGAACAUCACAGUGAAAAUGGCAUUUGCAGGAUGGGAUCGACUUUUGGAUAAGAUGAGCGCUGGGCGACCUCACAAUGGGUGCAUUUUGGAGGCAUCCCCUUUACCGAAAUUGCCAGUGCGUGGCCUGCAGGCUGUGCCAUCUAUAUCUGAGGAGUAUUUCCGGACGGAGCUUGCGCCACAAACCCGGGAAGAAGCCGCGGUAAAUGGCACCGAUGAUCGUAUCCCGAUCCAUCAUCCUUCCCCGCCCCCGCAACAAACCGAACAACACCAUAGAUACCCAAUUGUCUUGCUAUUGGAUGGAGUGGUCGAUACCGGUAAUAUGGGCGCCAUAAUCCGCUCAUCCUAUUUCCUGGGUGUCGAUGCAAUUGUUCUAGCGGGUCGCAACUCCGCGCCAUUGUCUCCUAUCACAAUCAAAUGUUCUGCUGGUGCAGCAGAGAAUAUGCCCAUUCUUCAUGUGAAAAAUGAAGUUGAUUUCAUUCAGCGAUCCCAGCAGAACGGGUGGCGAUUCUAUGCUGCAGAUGCACCACUUCCUGGGUCCGUGCACUUGGAUCACAUCGCGGCCGACGGCGAUCAGAGCGGGGCCAAAUUGCCCAUCACUACUGCGCCUAGUGUUAUAAUGAUGGGCAGUGAGGCUACUGGAUUGAGCUCGCAUAUCAAGUCGCAUGCAGAUGCAAUCAUCAGUAUUCCAGGUGCACGGCAAAGUUCCAUCCUGGGCGUUGAAUCUGAUCCUGCCCGCAUCGAUAGUCUGAAUGUGAGUGUUGCCGCUGCGCUACUGAUGGAGAAGUUCCUGCGAACCCCCAUGACUGUGGGUGAGAUCGCCAAAAAAGAAAAGAACAUGGAAAAGAGCAUGGGAAAGGAGAAAAUGUGGUAA